UGUGUGAGACGAAGACCCCUUUUGCUUCACCAUGUGACUCACCCGCCCACUCCUCCCCCCUCUCUGUCUCUUCUCACAAGUGCCCCGCUAUAAUACCCCCCAAAAGAAAAAUUCAUCUUCCCGAAGCUCGCCUGGCACCGCGAAGAGGGCGAGGAUUUGACACUUUUUGAGGUCACGUGAUGGACAAGGGCGUGAGGGUUUUUCAUCCCAUGACAGGGACCGGCAUCGACACAGACACACAAACACACACACACACACACACACAAGUAUAUGAUUCCAUGGCAGUAGCACUCUCCCAAAGUGCCUCUUUUCCACACCCAGGGAAUGAACUUACGGUGUCUCUCUGACUCCUUUCUUUCCACUCGUCUCUCUCUCUCUCUCUCUCUCUCUCUCUCUCUCUCUCUCUCUCUCUCUCUCUCUCUCUCUCUCCGUAACUGACGUUUGUCAGAUGAAGAGAGAUUUCUAAAAUAAGUAAUACGGGGCGAGAACCGAGUCACGGACUACGAGCCUAUCAGCAAGAGGAGGGAAACGAGGAAAAACUUUGUUUAUAGAAAUCUGUAUAUUAGUCUUAGAAGCAAUAUAGUAUAUAUAUUAUAUGUAUAAAACCGAAGGUUCUUAUUUUGUUGCAGCCUCACGUUUUAGUUUUUAUGGUGUUGUAUUAACGAAGAUAUACCCACAGUUCCCUAAUGAAUGUGUUCGGAGGCGGAAAAUAAGUGAAAAUUCCGUCAGACCACGAAGGGAAAAACAUACCGACAACCAACACUUGUUCGCAGCAGACUUGGAACCUGAUUUUGGUUUGUGAGAUUAAUCUCCAACAAAAGAUCACGCCAAGCCAUCCCCCAAUCCAGUUUUUAUGUGCAUAUCCCAUGUAUAUCCAGACCGCAGAAGGUCGCUUCGCUUCGUGAGUAUUUUAGAGCUGCUCGUGAGUAUUUUGUAUGGAGUACCACCGUAGACUUUGUGGUGUGUGUGUGCAGCUACGUCGCCAUCUGGAAUCUGCUCUUUCAUUUCGAACUGAUUCUGAAGUAUCCGUCAGUUGAUUUCGAUGUCUUUAGUGUUCUCGUCCCACGAGGACCUUCCUUGCUACCUUCUGUGAGAGAGUUUUCGUUCUCGUGUCCGCCACCACACGACUUUCCUCAAGUGUUACUCGCUACCUGUUACUCUCUCAAGGAUGACUUACGAUGCACGAUCGUUCUCGAAGUGCCCUGUUUCUGCCAACAUUUUUCCUGGCUCCCCAUUUUUUCCUUUCCAUUUCUGUUCUUCCUGUUCUUCUUGCUUCCUCUCUCCCUAGCCCUCGACUGCUGACGUGAGAGGCUAGGUCGACCUCGAGUCUCCUCUUUCUUUUCGUCGCUUCAAGUGAUCCUUAAAAACCAAAAGAAAAAUCCGACAAUCAUGUGAGAAAGAGAACUAUCAUCCAGACCAUCAUGAUGGAUUCCCACAUUGGAAAAAUCACUUAGUAGUCCGCCAGAGGCGAGAAGGAAGGAAGGAAAAUAUGAUGCUAAGUGAUUUGCAUAUACCCAGAUAAGGCGCUUUGGAAGGGAGAUGAUAAGGGAGAGAUAACAGUAGGCGAUAACAGACGAUAAUCAAGACAGAAAAAGAGAGGGGAAGGAAGUUGACGAAACGAGUGGUUGUAUGGGGGAAAAUUGCCGGUGAAUAGAAUAGAAAAAAAGUGCUUCGUGGGGUCUUUGGCUCGUGCCAAACUGCGUUCUUGAAGAAAAGAAAUAUUUGACGGGAAAGUGUCAGAGCAGUGAAGAGGAUUAGAAAAGUCUGCAUUCACAGUGUCAGUCAUGUGGAGCGAGUAUUUCGUAUUGAAAGUCUAAUAAGGAAAUGAUGCAAAAUGCAACCGUUGGGGGAAAAGUCAGGGUGUCCUUUGAAUACAUAAUUGUAGGAAGAGAAAGGAAAAAGUAGAAAAAAGUGUGUAAAGUGAUUACACCUGACUCGAGAUACUUGGGAAACAAAUUUCUCUUGUUGAGAGUGAAGGAAAUUGAAUCUUCAUAUUUCACAACUCCAAUGGCUUGAAGGGAAGAGAGAAUACAGUGAUGUAUUCUUAAUUUUUUUUUUGAAACGAGGAAAUUAGAGCCAAACCGCGUGAUUAAAUGUGGGCGCAUUCCUAUGUUGAUUUAACCCAGUGAAGCCUUUCGCUCCAGAUGACCUCCUUUGGCCCAAGGUCAAGUGGAGGGACGUGUUGACCGCGGAAAUCGCCACUUAGUCGAUUGCCAUGCAGCGCCAGGUAAGGUUAUGCCAGACCUAACCCUGCGACCCUCCAACCCAGACCUUGACCUUCGACGUAGACGCCAGCGGCCCUCCUCCUCCUCCUCCUCAAGAUGUCGGGUCGCCGCAUGUGGAGCCUUUCCAAGCGUAUGAGCACGGAUGGAGGUCGUGGGGUCAGGUACUCGACCUGUGGCGGAGGUGGGUCACAGGAGGACGAACUGGAGGACAUCGCCGUCGUCUCCAACGCCGACCCAGGCCAGGUCAAAUACGGGUCAGGCUCCAUCACCGCCAACGGGCCUCGUGUUAUACCAGGCAUCAUCACCUCGGCGCGGAUGAACGAGCGCCUGAGCGUCUCUGGGAAUCGACUGAACGCUGGGUCACCUGUUUACAUCGAACGUCCCAUACCUGAGUCGCUGAAGGGGAAGUCUAUCUCUCGCCAGUCCCUGCUGGACAUCGUGUCUUCGAAGAUCAGCAUCGGCAGCCGCAAGCGCUUCUCCAGGGACUCCUUCUCGGCCUCGUACGUGAACCGGGCGCACGUGGCCUCCGAGCUGGACAUCAGCCGGAAGACGCGGGAGGCGCGAAAGAAGGAGAUCCGGAAGCACUUCAUCCGGGAGAAGUGGGAGACGAGCACGAGUAGUUCCGAAAGGAAAACUGGUUGUAGGUGGACUUUCGUCUUCGACCCGGCAGGGAGACUGUGUUAUUACUGGUCCGUGGUGGUGUCCUUAGCUUUUUUGUACAAUUUGUGGGUGAUGGUGUAUCGUUUUGCCUUCCAGGAGAUCACCAAGGACACGAUCCUGGUGUGGUUCUUGUUGGACUAUUUCGCCGAUCUCAUUUACGUUAUAGACAUCCUCUUUCAUUUCCGAACUGGUUACCUAGAGGACGGAGUCCUGCAAACCGACUCCAGAAAGCUGCGUCAGCACUACAUGAACUCAACCACGUUUUACAUAGAUUGUUUAUGUCUGUUACCGUUAGACUUCUUGUACCUUUCGAUAAACUUUAAGUCCAUUUUAAGGUGUUUUCGCCUGGUGAAAAUAUACAAGUAUUGGCACUUUCUCGACAGAACUGAGAGACAUACCAAUUCGCCUAAUUUAUUCCGAUCCAUAAGUCUUAUCCAUUACUUAUUAGUCAUAUUCCACUGGAACACUUGCCUCUUCUACAUCAUCGCCAAAAACGACGGCUUCAGCUUCAAGCCGAGCUUCAUCCACGCCUCCAACACGACGGACGACGUCGUCCUGGAGUACCUGAAGGCCUUCUACUGGUGCACCGUCAGUUUAAUGAUGGUGGGGAGCUUCCCCAGCACCAGCGAUCACGUCAAGAACAAAACCACCGCCACCACCAACAUUGACAACAUUAACAAGAGAACGAAGACCGACUACAUCUACGUCAUCACACAACUCAUGUUCGGCCUCCUCCUCUUCGCCACCGUCUUGGGACAUAUCGCCAACAUCGUCACCAACGUGUCGGCGGCGAGGAAAGAAUUUCAAGCCAAACUCGACGGAGUGAAGACUUACAUGAGAAUGCGCAGAGUUCCCGCACAUCUCCAAGGCAAGGUCAUCAAAUGGUUCGACUACCUCUGGUUGACUCAGAAGUGCUCAGAUGAAGAGAAAGCUGUCAGCUGCUUACCUGAUAAACUAAAAGCAGAGAUGGCGAUUCACGUUCAUCUGGACACCCUGAAACGCGUGGAGAUCUUCCAGAACACGGAAGCUGGAUUUCUGUGCGAACUGGUGCUUCAUUUGCGGCCUGUUCUCUUCUCUCCAGGGGAUUACAUCUGCAGGAAAGGAGAGGUUGGGAAGGAGAUGUACAUCGUUAACAGAGGGAAGCUUCAUGUGGUUGCAGACAAUGGGAAGACGAUGCUGGCUACUCUGAAGGCCGGCUCCUACUUCGGUGAAAUUUCCAUCCUCAAUAUGGGAACUGCAGGGAACCGACGGACGGCAUCCGUUCGUUCGGUGGGCUACAGCGACCUCUUCGUUCUCUCCAAGAAGGACAUGUGGGACGUGUUGAAGGAGUACCCAGCAGCCAGGGUUCGCCUGGAGGCUAUAGCAGCUAAGAGACUCGAAAAGUACAAAAAGGCCCCACUGGAGAAAGACGUGCCCUUUCAACACCACCACCACCACCACCUCUACCAAAACAACCACUACCACCACCACCUUCGAUCCCAACAAAACGACCAUCCAUGGACUUCUCCUCCUCCUCCUCCACCUCUUCCUCCUGCUCCUCCGCCCCCUCCUCUUCCCGGUCCUCUGCCUCUCACUUCCACCUCCCAUGUUGCAGCGGCCAUGGGGAGGAGUAGCUCCACUCCCGGCCUGGUUGAGUCGUCGGGCAGAGUGCCCCUUGAGGAGAUGUGGCUCCCGCCUCUACCCAAGCCGCCUCCGUACCCGACGCCUACGAGUUACAGCCCAUCCACCAGUCCAGGUGCAAGAUCGAGGGCUCAGCGUUCCCAGACAGUGGAGUCCGAGCGUCAAACAAUGGAGUCUGCCCUCAGCGAUUCCUCCUCCUCCAGACAGUCCCAUUCCACUGACGACGACAAGGGAACUUAUCACCAUCAUCUCACGCAUCAUCACCCUCACCACAUCCAUUGCCCUCCACCACAAUCUGCUAGAUCAGGGACGACCGCAAGUAUAACUUCGUACGACAGUGCGGACAAGCGCUCGACAAUUACGUCCCCAAGCAACGUGGUGUCGCCCUUGAUGUCACCAAACUAUGCCACGGCCAACAUCGCAUACUCAUUACCCGUCCCACCAGUCACAUGUGAGCCAUCUGUAUCCCCAGCCUCUGAUCACAUCAUCUCUGCUGCCUCCCUCACUGCACCAGUACAACUCCAGGGUUCCCACAGCGCCGGUGCCCUUCCUCGCGAUUCUCCACAAGAGCUGCUCUUGGGAGAAAUCCGUCGCCUUCGAGAGCGCCUCGUGACGCUGGAAUCUGAAAAUGCGACCAUGAGCAUGAAACUCAGCCAACAGCAAUGGGAGGUUGAACAUCGCCUCCAUGAAAUUGAAAUGCAGUUGUGUGGUAAUUCUAGUAAUGCGUCAAGUACCGAGGACAACGAAAGAAAUAAAGAAAGUAUCAUUUAGAUUAGAGUUGGGGGGGAGUUGUGGCUGCUUACAAUAUAAUGAUAGGUCUAUGAUAUUUGGUUUUGAAAAGAAAUCAGGGCUACUGUAUCUGUAAUUUUUAUCUUUUGAUAUCAAAGGAAACAAUUCAAAAUUUUUCAAAUUGUAUGACUAGCAAAUUUUAAAUCUUUAAAUUUUUGGACAGAAAUAGUAAACUGUUAAACUUUUUUUAUGUAGUAGCAUGGAGAUAGACACUCAGUGUUCUCAUUGGAAAUAGAAAAUAUAGAGCAUAACCAGGAGGGCUAAUAAUGACGACAUUAUGUUUUGUGCUUAGCAGGGAUGGAUGGGAGGCUUAUAUUUUAUAAUGCUGUUUUCAUUAUAUGUCAUGGCUGUGAGUUUUAUGCUAAAACGAAAUGUCAUUUUUACUGUCGCAUAAAUCACUUUCAUUUGACCUAUGUUGAAAUAACUCUAUAUUUGAGAUGUCAUUAGCUCACGAUAUAAAAUUAAACGUUAAUAAAACCUUGUAAAUGUUACUAGGUUUUACACACAAAUUACAAUACUGCUCAUGAUAGUGACCACUUUGAAACUAUGCUAAUUAUUUGUGUACAGUAAUUCUAAGUAUGCUCUCGAUUUUUUGGAUGUGAUAUAAAUAUUAAGAAAUGCCUUCAACUUAAAAUUUGGGCUAUUAACUAAAGAUGCACUAAGUUUAUUCUACUUCAUUAGAAGUGAUUGGUUUUAUUCCAUGUGAGGGAUGCAUGCGUGCCUUACUCAUUUACUUGGGUAAUGAGGCGACUGUUGAAAAGCUGCUAUAUUUGAAGCCAGCUGUCAGAAUCAUGUGUUAUGCAAUACAGCAUAUGCCUCCGUUGACAAAAUUGCUGAAUGUGUUUGAUUGUAAAUAACAUCCGUCCCAUUUUCUUUUCACAUGAACAAUAAUGAAAACUUCUCUCCAAGUAUAAAAGGAUAGCACUGAUGAAUACAAUCAUUUUAUCCAUCAUUAAUUCUCCUUUGCAGAGUACAAGUAGAGGAAAUCAUGGUCUUGAUAGUUUGUUAUAUAAAAAUGUAAAUAAUGGUUAAUGAAUAAGCAGAAUUGAAUAGUAUGCAACUACUUUGACAUCCCACAGAUAAAUGGUGUUGCAUGAUGUUUUGUCAAAACUAAUCAGAGUAUAUAAUUUGAGAAGUUUAGUGUGAUAGGUCUCAGUAAAAUGUUCUUAAAUAUCAUUCCAGCAUGAUUUCAGUCAUAGAAGGUUGCGACUUUGGUGAGUAAUUCAACUUUUAAACAUUUCUAAGAUUAGAAUUUUAACAUCGUGAUUGUUAACUUGCAAAAAAGUCCCGCCUGCCUUGAAUCCGGAUUUAUGUACCGUAUCUCAAACAGUGCUGAUGUGUACACUUUUGUCUAUCUCCAUGCCUAAAUUAAAAGAUUAUGUAACUUACUAAAAUAUACCUUCCAAUGAUAGUCUUCAAAGUUUUCCAUGUCGUGGAGGUGUAUCUUGAAGGCUGCAAAGCGUGAUCCAAAGUGUCCCACAAAGUAUGCUACCAGCCAGCAUGAGUCUCAGUCAUCUCAUACCCUUCUUUAUGAUAAGGAAAUAGUACUCUGGUACUGCAUAUGCUAAGAAUAAUGUAGCAAAGCUUUAGAAUAAUUUUUUAUAUGGAAUUUCAUUUGUUCACCUUAAGCUUUCUGUGAUUUAUUUUGGAUGAAGAUAGUUCCUUUAUAUAUAAGAGUUUUGUAAAUUUUUUUAAGUGAUGAUUAUGGGAUUAGCAGUGUAGUGGAUCAUUCCAUUUGAUUGAAGGUGGUGAGAACAUCUUUGAAAUGUUUUCGCAUUUUUGAGUCAUUGAUUUGAUAUUUUGCAAUUUGGCUGAAAUACAGUUACAGUGCUUACAUUAAACCAAAUGGCCUACCUCAUCUCCUUGAAUGUCAUCAGUUUAUUUCAUAAAACAGCAUGCAGCUUAGCCUUUGGAAAGAGUAUAAGGAUUUGAGUUCGUGAUUAAGAUAUCACACUGGGGUAUGAGUAGGCUUAGACUGUGAUCCAUCUAGCCUUAACAAGGAAACUUACAAAUGCAGCUAAGUUCUUUAGGGACUGUAAAUCAGAAGCAGACAGCUUUUACAAGUGCUAAUUAUGUGUGAAAGUUGGAUAAAGCAAAGGGAAAAAAACUGAAGAAAGUGCCACGAGCACGUUUCAUGGCAUAUUAUAGCUUAUUGUUGCAAAUCUUUGCACCAGUUGCCACUAAUAGUGUCGAAAUUAAAAUUGCCUGUGCUCUUGCUUGUGCAUGUUGCCCUGAUGAAAGAGCACAUUUACAAAAAAAUAUUAGUUAUAUGGUGCAAAGUGUGGCAACAUAGAACUAAAAAAUGCCCAUAAACGUGACAGUGUGACUGCCUAAAGUAAUUACUAAUGGUGCCAAAUGUUCAGUGUUCCCAUGGUAUGUGAAGAAUUGCGACACAAUCAUUCUGCUCUCAUAGUACAUUCCUUUUUAUUCCCAACCCUCCCCCAAAGAUAUAUUAUGGUCAGCACGUAGUCCUAGAAGACAUGCUGGGAUAUGGUUGUUCUUGUGACCAGUCCCUCAUGCAACACUCCCUCUAGAGUCCUUGGGAUAAAAUGGAUUAUAAUGGAAUUGUCUACAAUCUAUAAGGCACUUGGGAAAUGAACUGGAUUCAGAAUGAAGAAAACUUUGGAAUAUGUCUUUUGGUUUUCCAUUGUUUAUCUCAAGGUCUUUGGUAGGUUAAAGUGCUUUUAUGAAUGUAUCAAUUGAUCUUUGUCUUCUAAAAAUCUCUUUGAGACUGUUUACUGAAAUAUAAGAAGUUUGUAGUAUAACAUAGGGCAGACUCCAUUUGCUGAUAAGAAGCAUCAAUAAUAUUUCUCAUAUACAUAUAUAAUACAGAACUUAACUCUGUGAGUUAACAGAAGAUAUUCUGUAUCUUUAUAGUAUUUAAGAUAAUAGAAUUCCUAUAAUAUUUUCUAACAGCAAACCAAGACAAAUAAAACUUGGCUAUUAAUGCCAUUAUGUUGUUUGUAAGUAUCUUUUUCUACAGUAGAGGUUUCUUAUUGUUAUAAAUACAUAUAUAUAUAUAUAUAUAUAUACAUAUAUAUGAUUAUAGAGUAAUUGCAGUAAUUAAAUGAGCAUAAUCUGUAUCUGUAACUCUUUCAAUGCCAGAUAAGUACAUUAGUUACUUCUCCUUGUCCAGAAAAUAUUUACAAGGAAGUUUUGAAAAAUGAAUGUGCAACUAUUGAAUGAAAAAAGAGAGAAUUCCAAUACACAGAGUUAUCAGUAGAAAUAGAACUGAGAAAUAUUUGCCACUUUCUAGAAGCAAUGUCUCUGUAAAAACCUAAGAUAAUUGGACUCCAGCUCUUGUAAUCUCAAAAUCUGUGGCAGACUUCCAGUAUAAUGGAGUUGCUGUAUUUCAGAGUAUGCCCAUAGAUAAUAGGUAUCUACUGGAAUUACUUAAAUAAUAGCAAUCUUUCUCUUCUACCAUUUCGUCAUAAGACUCGAUAUGAUAUCCAAUGAGACAACAAUAAUCAUGUUUAGCCAAUCGCUCGUAUCUUGUUAUUGUUAGCACAAUUAUUUAUUGUUUUAUUUAGACAUUAGCAUUCCAUAGCUUGCUGUACUCAUCAGUUUUAUAUAUUAGUUGAAUUUAGCAUAUGCCAAUAUUGUGCAUGAAUUUUGUUAUUGAAGGCAUCAUGCUUAAGCAACCAUCAGUAGACGUUCGAGAGUAGCAGUUAUGAAUGUGCCACUUGGAAAAAGAAGUAAAAUAAUGAAAGGAGGAAAAGACAUUCACAGAACCACAGUUUUAUGUCAUCAUAUCGUCUCUGUGAAGGAAAUGCAACUUAAUUUUGGUCAUAAUGAGUUAAUUUAAUAUGUACUAGAAUACUUUAUUUUCAGGAUUGUGAUUCAGCUUUUUCUUUGUUCCUGAAGUUUGACAUUUGAAAAGCUUUAUUCCUAGAAAAACUUAUGCAUUGUAUAAUGUGAAAGUUUGUUGAGUAUUUCAAGUUGUUUAAAAGUACAGUCUGAAGUUAGCAGUUUGCUGUAAUAAAGGAUCAUGGUCAUUUUUGCUGUGAGGAUUACUGUUAUAUUACAGGGGUUGGAUCAUUUAUAAAAGAUUAUUUGAAUUUUGCAGUGCAUCACAUAUACAUUCUUUAUCAUUAUAUGGUUGAUGCAUGGCAAAAUCAAGGACUUGGAUGAAUCAAGAACAGUGUCUGCACUGUAGAUAUUUUCAAUCUGAAUAAUUUACCAUAGCUAGAAUUUUUGUGAUGGGAAUUGGUUCCUUUUUUAAGUUUCAUAUAACUAAAUUUUAUUUAAUAUUUUAUCUUUACGCAUCUUGGUUAUCGUUACUGAAAGUGUAAGUUCAUGGAAAAUUAUAUAUA